AUGGCGGAAGAGCACCGAUGCCAGGCUGCACCGGAGGCGCCUCGCCUCUGCGCGAACAACUGCGGAUUCUUCGGAAGCCCCGCGACGCUCGGCCUCUGCUCCAAGUGUUUCCGUGAUCAUUGCCUCAAGGAGGAGCAGGAAGCCUCCGCCAAGAUGGCCGUCGAGAAAUCCCUCCUCGUCCCUUCACUUGCCGCUUCCUCCUCCUCCCACCCCGUGGAAGCGGCUCGCGACCCCCGAUCCAACUUGUCAUCACCCGCCUUCCCCCUGCUGCCGCCGCCGCCCGUCAACCAGGAGGAGGACCCCCACACGGCGACCCAAUCCUCCCCCGCCGCCGCCGCCGCCGCCGCUCCAUUGAUGAAGCCGGGGGGGCGGUGCACGUCCUGCAGGAAGAAGGUAGGCCUGACGGGGUUCCGUUGCCGGUGCGGCGAGACCUUCUGCAGCUCCCACCGGUACCCAGAGCAGCACGCCUGCACCUACGACUUCAAGACCUCCGCCAGGGAGGUCAUCGCCAGGGCCAACCCCGUCGUCAAGGCCGACAAGCUCGACAGGCUCUAA